CUCGCCAGGACCCUGAGGCGGCUGGGCCCACCCUCCUGGAAGCGGCCGGCCCUCGGGGGCCGCCCUCCCCAUCCUCCCCGGGACCGCGGCGCAGGCGAAGGAAGGGGGCUGAGGUGGCCGCCUCGGCGGAGCCAAGCUGCUGGGCUGAGAAGAUGGUCUGCGCCGUCCUGAAGACACUCGGUCCGUUCUGAUGGGACUGGGUCCAAUAUGAGUGGGAGUGAUGGAGGGAGACGACGCCUGGAGGACAGUGAGCACACACUACGGAUCUAUCCUGGCACGAUUGCGGAAGGCACCAUCUACUGUCCAGUUCCCGCUCGCAAGAGCUCUACAGCUGCUGAGGUGAUUGACUGUCUUAUAGACAGACUUCAUCUUGACAAAACAAAAUGUUACGUUCUAGCGGAGGUAAAGGAAUUUGGUGGAGAAGAAUGGAUACUCAAUCCAACAGACUGUCCAGUCCAGCGAAUGAUGUUGUGGCCUCGCUUGGCUCUGGAAAAUCGCUUGAGUGGAGACGACUAUCGCUUCCUUCUGAGAGAGAAAAACCUCGACGGGUCGAUCCACUACGGUAGCCUGCAGUCGUGGCUGCGGGUGACGGAGGAGCGGCGUAGGCUGGUGGAGCGGGGCUUUCUGCCACAGCCACAGCAGAAAGAGCUUGAUGACUUGUGCAGUUUACCUGAUCUGAACGAGAAAACUCUAUUAGAAAAUCUGCGAAAUCGCUUUAAGCAUGAAAAAAUUUAUACCUAUGUUGGCAGUAUUCUGAUAGUUAUUAAUCCCUUCAAGUUUCUUCCUAUUUAUAACCCCAAAUAUGUCAAAAUGUACGAUAACCACCAGUUGGGCAAGCUUGAGCCACACAUUUAUGCGGUGGCGGAUGUAGCUUACCAUGCCAUGCUCCAGCGCAGGAGGAACCAGUGCAUUGUGAUUUCAGGAGAGAGUGGUUCUGGGAAGACCCAAAGCACGAACUUCCUUAUUCACCACCUGACUGCUCUCAGCCAGAAAGGGUUUGCAAGUGGAGUAGAGCAAAUCAUUCUUGGGGCUGGACCAGUGCUGGAGGCCUUUGGAAAUGCAAAGACAGCUCAUAAUAACAAUUCAAGUCGUUUUGGCAAGUUUAUUCAAGUAAAUUACCAGGAAACAGGCACGGUACUUGGUGCCUACGUUGAAAAGUACCUUUUGGAGAAAUCCAGACUUGUUUACCAAGAGCAUAAUGAACGGAACUACCAUGUAUUCUAUUACCUCCUGGCAGGCGCGAGUGAAGAAGAGAGGUUAGCAUUCCACCUUAAGCAGCCAGAAGAGUAUCACUAUCUCAAUCAGAUAACAAAGAAAGCCCUCAGACAGAGCUGGGAUGAUUAUUGCUAUGACUCUGAGCCGGAUUGCUUCACAGUAGAGGGAGAAGAUUUGAGGCAUGAUUUUGAACGGUUACAGCUGGCCAUGGAAAUGGUAGGAUUUCUUCCCAAGACACGAAGACAGAUCUUCUCUCUCCUCUCGGCAAUUCUACACUUGGGUAAUAUCUGUUACAAGAAGAAGACCUACCGGGAUGACUCCAUUGACAUCUGUAAUCCUGAAGUUCUGCCCAUUGUCUCAGAAUUGUUAGAAGUUAAAGAAGAGUUGCUGUUUGAAGCAUUAGUGACGCGGAAAACGGUGACAGUGGGAGAAAAGCUUAUCUUACCAUACAAGUUGGCAGAGGCUGUUACAGUGAGAAACUCCAUGGCUAAGUCUCUGUAUAGUGCACUGUUUGACUGGAUAGUUUUUCGAAUUAACCAUGCACUUCUGAAUAGUAAAGAUUUGGAGCACAAUGCCAAGACUUUGUCCAUUGGUGUUCUUGAUAUUUUUGGAUUUGAAGAUUAUGAAAAUAAUAGUUUUGAGCAGUUCUGUAUUAAUUUUGCUAAUGAACGUUUGCAACACUACUUUAAUCAGCACAUCUUCAAAUUGGAGCAAGAGGAGUACAGAAUGGAAGGCAUCAGCUGGCAUAAUAUAGAUUAUAUUGAUAAUAGCUGUUGCAUAAAUCUCAUUAGCAAAAAACCAACAGGACUGCUCUAUCUUUUGGAUGAAGAAAGCAACUUUCCACAGGCUACAAAUCAAACAUUGCUAGACAAGUUUAAGCGUCAGCAUGAAGACGAUCCUUACAUUGAAUUUCCGGCAGUGAUGGAGCCUGCUUUCAUCAUUAAACAUUAUGCUGGGAAAGUAAAAUAUGGGGUAAAGGAUUUUCGGGAGAAAAACACAGAUCACAUGCGCCCAGACAUUGUAGCUCUUUUGAGGAGCAGCAAGAAUGCCUUCAUCUCUGGGAUGAUCGGAAUCGAUCCCGUUGCUGUUUUCCGAUGGGCAGUUCUCCGAGCCUUUUUCAGAGCUGUGGUUGCUUUCAGGGAAGCUGGGAAAAGACACAUUCAGAGGAAAAGUGGACAUGAUGAUACAGCGCCAUGUACAGUUUUGAAAAGUGUGGAUAGUUUUAGCUUUCUCCAACACCCAGUCCACCAGAGGAGCUUAGAGAUUCUGCAGAGGUGCAAGGAAGAGAAGUACAAUAUAACUCGGAAAAGCCCCAGAACACCUCUUUCUGAUCUUCAGGGCAUGAAUGCUCUGAAUGAGAAAAACCAGCAUGACGUGUUUGAUAUUCCCUGGAACGUCAGAACUGGGAUUCGCCAGAGCAGACUGUCAAGUGCUUCCCUGCUUGAUAAAGAUGGAGUGUUUGCUAACUCAGCCAGCAGCAAACUCCUGGAGAGAGCCCAUGGGAUUCUCACGAGGAACAAAAAUCCCAGGCCCAAGCCUAUUCUUCCAAAGCAUUUGUUGGAGGUGAACUCUUUAAAGCACCUAACAAGCCUGACUCUACAGGAUCGCAUAACCAAGUCUCUUCUCCACUUGCACAAGAAGAAGAAACCUCCCAGCAUCAGUGCCCAGUUUCAGGCAUCGUUAAGCAAACUGAUGGAGACACUUGGUCAAGCAGAACCAUACUUUGUAAAGUGUAUUCGCUCUAAUGCUGAAAAGCUGCCCUUAAGAUUCAAUGAUGCCUUGGUACUUCGACAGCUUCGAUACACUGGGAUGCUGGAGACAGUCCGAAUCCGUCAGUCAGGAUACAGCUGCAAAUAUUCUUUCCAGGAUUUUGUGAGCCAUUUCCAUGUACUUCUUCCCCGAAAUAUUAAUCCAUCCAAAUUUAACAUCCAGGAUUUCUUCAAGAAAAUAAAUCUUAAUCCAGAAAAUUAUCAAGUUGGAAAAACCAUGGUCUUCCUGAAGGAGCAGGAGCGACAGCACCUCCAAGACCUGCUGCACCAGGAGGUGCUGCGCAGGAUCGUGCUGCUGCAGCGCUGCUUCCGGGCCCUGCUGUGCAGGCAGCAUUUCCUGCGCCUGAGACAGUCUGCCAUCAGGAUCCAGCGGUUCUGGAGGACCUGCCUCACUCAGCAGCAGGCUCAGGGGGAAGUAGUGCUGGAGGACGCUGCCGCUAUGGCCAGCGCCGCUGCUCUUCUGCAGGCUUCCUGGCGUGCACGCUCGGAGCGGCAGCGCUACCUGGAGCUGCGGGCCGCGGCCAUCACCAUCCAGCAGUGGUGGAGGGUGCACCAGAGGCGCAGGCACAGGGCUGCCGUCUGCAUCCAGGCAAGGUGGAGAGGAUACAGGCAAAGCAAGCAGUACCAGGAGCACCGGAGCAGAAUCAUCCUGCUGCAGUCCAUAUGGAGACAAAAAUUUAAAGCUUUAAAAGAGCAAAGACUCAGAGAGGCAACACCAGACCUUGGACUGAUGAAGAUCAGGGCACGUGGAGCUCUGGAAAUCCAGGGUUCAGACCCUUCCAACUGGGAGGAUUGCUCUUUUGACAACCGAGGAAAGGCCAUAGAGGAGCAUAGAUCUGUGCUGGAGAGGAGUCGCACGAGUCAUGAAGGUUCAGAGAACUGCUCAAAGGAGUCCCCAAGCAAGCGACAGGAGAGAGCCAGAAGCCAGAGUGGUGUGGACUUGCAGGAGGACGUGGUGGUCAGAGAGAGGCCCAAGUCCCUGGAGGAUCUGCAUCAGAAGAAAGCAGGCCGGGCGAAAAGAGAGAGUCGGAGAAUGAGAGAACUAGAGCAGGCUAUAUUUAGCCUGGAAUUGCUAAAAGUUCGUUCUCUUGGCGGGGUGUCACCUUCUGAGGAGCGCAGGUGGUCUACAGAACUGGUGCCUGAAGGCCUUCCCUCUCUGCAGGGCACACCUGACAGUGAGAGCUCUCAAGGAAGCUUGGAGCUUCUGAGUGGUGAGGACAGCCAGAAGAGCAAGCCAGGAUCACUAACUGUAGAUGAAGGAGAUCUGCAGCUUCCAGCUCGAAAAACACCCAGCAGUCCGAAAGUUGGUUCACAGGACUACACCCUCAGUGCCUCCCGGGAGAUGAGCCAGGGAGCACCUGGAGAGCCAGCACCCUUGAGGAGUAGCACUGCGAAGGAAAAGUCGGCCUGCCGUUCGGAGCCUGUUACCUGUAAGCCACAGCCAAGAGACUCCUUUAUGUCGAAUAGUCUGCCUACAUUCUUUUACAUUCCCCAACAAGACCCACUAAAAACAAGUAGUCAACUAGACACAAGCGUCCAAAGAAGCAAACUCUUAGAAAGUGCAGACCCACUGGGGACAGCCCCUCCUUUUGACAGCAGCAGGGAAACUGAAAAGCAUUCCUUCUCAGCAGAGGAUCGCGUUGCUCCGUCUGUGAAGACAGAGUCUGCGAGGACUGUGCUGAAGAAGUUAGAAAAGCUGAACAUGGAAAAGGAAGAAAGGCAAAAGCUGCUGCAUCAGCAAAAUGAGAAAGAGAUGAUGGAGCAGAUCCGUCGGCAGACAGAUAUCCUAGAGAAGGAGCGGAGAGCCUUCCAGACCAUGGAGCAGCCAACAGCUGGGGAGUCCUUCCCGGCACUGUCUUCCUUUCAGCCCAAGCAGAGGACAGAGAGGCCUGCCUCUCUCUUUCUCCCAAAUGCCCCAAAUAAGGAAGAACUCGGUGCACGGGGAUCUCCAUCAGUCGCUGUAAAAGAUUCAGCUCGCACCACAAAAGGUGGUCCCUCUGCUCACUUACCCGUAAAGGACCGGCCAGUAACCCUGUUCUUUGAAGGAAAAGGAGCCCCAUGCCAAUCUGGUACUGUCAGAGAAUCAUCCAAAACAUACAGAGUGGGCACCCAACAGAGUAUAACCUGUAAACCCUCCAAUAAUGGUGUUUCCAAAAGAGAGCACUUUAGGCCAACUCAGAAUUACGGCCACAAAUCUGAUGACCCUUCCAGAGAGGGAGAUACAAGGACCAUUUUCUUCACACCAAAGGACAAUAUGAGUACUCCCCUUGUCAACAGAGAAGCCUUAGGCAGUGAAAACCCUCGUGCGUGUAGACAAGAGGAACCAGCUUGGAAACCUGUGAAAUUCGCUGGGCCUGGCCAAGGAGAGGUUGCCAGACCGGCCCAUAAAAAGAAAGCUCGAAUGGCGCGGACGCGCUCCGAUUUCUUGACUAGAGGUACUUUUGCCGAUGGGGAGGGGGAUACAGAGGAAGAUGAUUACGAUGACAUUAUUGAGCCCCUUCUCUCCCUUGGCCAAGCCGCUCACUCUGAGCUAGAGUCUGUAUCCAGCCUGGGUCAGGCCUCUCACAGUGACUCCGAAAUGACGUCACAGAGAUUUUCUUCAACUGAUGAACAAGCAAAGCUUCAUAAGGCUAUGUCCCAAGGAGAGAUCACGAAGUUGGCAGUGAGACAGAAAGCUUCAGAUUCAGAUCUAAGACCUCAGAGAGCUAGAAUGCGAUUCUGGGCCAAAGGGAAGCCAGGGGAGAGGAAGACUGCCCGAGUGAAGCCUGCCCCACCGUCGGAUGUCUCCACACACCUGGGUGCAGACGAAUUACCUCAGCAUCAUACAGCACCUCCUUUGAGCCCAGAACUGCCUGGUAGUUCCCACAAGGAGUUCAAAGAAAACAAAGAACCUUCUCCAAAGGCAAAACGCAAGCGAAGUGUGAAGAUCAGCAGUGUGGCUUUGGAUUCUAUGCACUGGCAAAAUGACUGUGUCCAGAUCAUAGCAAGUACCAGUGAUUUGAAAAGCAUGGAUGAGUUUCUUCUGAAAAAGAUGAAUGACUUAGAUAAUGAGGACAGCAAGAAGGACACACUGGUGGAUGUGGUAUUUAAAAAGGCUCUGAAAGAAUUCCGACAGAAUAUUUUCAGCUUUUAUUCAUCUGCAUUGGCGAUGGAUGAUGGGAAAAGCAUACGGUAUAAAGACCUUUAUGCCCUGUUUGAGCAAAUUCUGGAAAAGACCAUGAGGCUCGAGCAGCGUGACUGGAGCGAAUCUCCAGUGAGAGUUUGGGUCAACACUUUCAAAGUGUUUUUAGAUGAAUAUAUGAAUGAAUUCAAGACUUCGGAUUGCAUAGCCAUAAAGGUACCGAAAACAGAAAGAAAGAAAAGAAGGAAAAAAGAAACUGAUUUGGUGGAAGAGCACAAUGGUCACAUCUUCAAGGCCACUCAGUAUAGCAUCCCUACCUACUGUGAAUACUGUUCUUCCUUGAUAUGGAUAAUGGAUCGAGCCUCUGUUUGCAAAUUGUGUAAAUACGCCUGCCACAAAAAGUGCUGCCUAAAAACCACAGCCAAGUGCUCCAAAAAGUAUGAUCCAGAACUGUCAUCACGCCAGUUUGGGGUUGAGCUGUCCCGCCUGACCAGUGAAGACCGAGCUGUUCCAUUGGUGGUGGAGAAGCUCAUCAACUACAUUGAGAUGCACGGGUUGUACACAGAAGGCAUCUACCGGAAGUCCGGUUCCACGAAUAAGAUUAAGGAGCUUCGGCAAGGUCUAGAUACAGAUGCGGAGAGUGUAAACCUAGAUGACUAUAACAUACACGUCAUUGCAAGCGUGUUCAAACAAUGGCUUCGGGAUUUGCCCAAUCCACUCAUGACUUUUGAACUCUACGAGGAAUUUCUUCGAGCUAUGGGCCUUCAGGAGAGGAAGGAGACCAUCCGCGGGGUGUACUCUGUGAUUGACCAGCUCUCCCGAACGCAUCUCCACACACUGGAACGCCUCAUCUUUCAUCUGGUCAGGAUCGCUCUACAGGAAGACACAAAUCGAAUGUCUGCUAAUGCUUUGGCCAUUGUGUUUGCACCCUGCAUUCUCCGCUGUCCUGACACCACCGACCCACUGCAAAGUGUGCAGGACAUCAGUAAGACCACCACCUGUGUGGAACUGAUCGUUGUGGAACAAAUGAACAAAUACAAGGCUCGCCUCAAAGACAUCAGUAGCCUGGAGUUUGCUGAGAAUAAGGCAAAGACCAGGCUGUCGCUGAUCCGCAGGUCAAUGGGAAAGGGACGUAUCCGCCGAGGAAACUAUCCGAGCCCAUCCUCUCCUGUGGUGGUUCGAUUGCCUUCCAUGUCUGAUGUCCCAGAGGAGCCUCUGACUGGCGAGGCCGCCAUGGACACUGACCUCACUGAGCAGCAGCAGGCGGCCAUGCAGCAGGAGGAACGAGUACUUGCCGAGCAAAUUGAGAAUCUGCAGAAGGAGAAGGAGGAGCUGACAUUUGAGAUGCUUGUGCUGGAACCCCGUGCCUCUGAUGAUGAAACCCUCGAGUCCGAGGCUUCCAUCGGGACUGCUGACAGCUCAGAGAAUCUGAAUGUGGAGGCUGAGGGUGCCAUCUCUGAGAGGCCAGAGAGAAGCUUAGCCCUUAUUGGCUCCCUGAAGGCCACUGGCAAGCCCAAUCCAUCAAGCAAGUUGCGAAAGCAGCAGAAGCCACAGCCUGAAGCCGUGGAUUCAGUGGACCCCUCGGUUCCCUCCUGUCCAACUAGCACUGCAUCCUCUCAUGGGACCAGAAAACGAUUUCAGAUUUAUUCCAAAUCUCCCUUCUACCGAGCUGCCUCAGCUGGAGAGGCCCUGGAGGGAGUCCCGAGCCCCAGCAGAAUGCUGGAAGACAGGCCUCAGUUCAUCAGCAGAGGAACCUUCAACCCUGAAAAGGGCAAGCAAAAAUUAAAAAAUGUGAAAAACUCACCUCAGAAAACCAAAGAGACCCCAGAGGGAACAGUCACAUCUGGGCGCAGGAAGCCUGGGGACCCCGACUGCAGUUCAACUCCACAGUUAGCGCUCCUGGGAAGUCACGAGUUCAUGGUGUGAGGUGGCAACUGUGUGUCCCAUCCCCUUGUCUGCAGCUGCCCCUCCUGCGUAGGGCCCUGCCUGCUGCCUGAGCCUGUGGCUGAGACCCCUGUGGCACAAGGGAAAGGCCUCCUGAGGCUGCUGUGGCUGCUGGGACUUGAGGCCUCACUAAACCAAGCCAUUCGGAGCGUGGGUCAAUACAGUGGCCUCUUUGGGCCUGAGAGAGUCUCUGACAUUUGAAGGAAAUGCAGAAAUCUGUGUUAACCACGAAUGCACAAGGCGUUGGGUUCACUUUGGGAUGGUAAGAAGCUGGAGUAAAAAAUUAUCUUCUUCCCAGAGUUUUACACAAAAACCUAAGUCCCCUAUUUUAGGUUUUUUGAAAAAACAAUCCAUGUUCUGUUCUGGAGAAAGUGAACAAACAGCUGUGUCCAGGAGGCACAGGGGCAUGUGAACAGGAGCACAGGUGUUAU